AUGUUGUGGUAUAGAGCUCUGAGCGUGGAAGAUGCAUGCGGCUGGAUGGCGGCAGUGGCAUGCGCAACAACACCUCUGCUGCUGCGCGGAAGACAUGUGAGCAACGGCGAGAGUAUGAUAGCACCGUUCUGUAUGUGCGAGAAGGGCUUUACCUAUGCCUACUCUACUGUCUUCAUGCCUACGACACUCCACCGUUACCCAAGAUUGAGAACGAGACCUUCGCUAUCGUCCAAGAGUCCGGCGCAUGAUUACCCAGCCGCCGAUGGCAGACGCACCCAUCGCCCAGCCGCCGGCGCCCCUGCACUGAGACAACUCACCUUCAGAACUGACGACAGACCUCCGAAGAGGCUCCAGACGAUCCAGCACCCUCUGUCGGCACUGACCUUUCAUCUGCACAAGGAGUGCCCUCGCCAUCCGCCAGUCUCAAGCCACAGCCUCAACAUAACCUCUCUGCUGUGCCAUCGAGGCAUGAACAGACGGUCUGAGAUCAUGCAGCCCAACAGCAUACUUCCAGCAGGACCACUUCUCACACAGAGCGACUUACGCCCACGUACGCCGACCCGAAGCAAGCAACCCCAACUGAAUUCGACACCACGAGUCCCAAGCUCUUUCGUGACUUGGAGACUGCAAGAGACAAAGCAAAAGAGAAGGAAACAGGAGAGGAUCCAGAGUUCGAACAAUUCAGGACAUGCGAGUCCUCGUUGA